CUGAAGAAGCCAGGAUCCGGGCUCCUCAACCCCUCUCUUCACAAUAUUUGAUUAGGAAUUUGGGGGCGGGCCCUGGUCUGGCACAGACCCGCACACUCUCAGUAGACGCUCACUCCUCUCCCUCUCACACGCUCUCCAACCAAGGAGGCCAGACAGAGGGACCUGAUCACUCUCUGAAAGGUUCAACUCGAGACAUACAAGAUGCAGUGGGCCUCUCUCCUGCUGCUGGCAGGGCUCUGCUCCCUCUCCUGGGCCCAGUAUGAAGAUGACUCCCACUGGUGGUUCCACUACCUCCGCAACCAGCAGUCCACCUACUACGAUCACUAUGACCCUUACCCUUAUGAGCCCUAUGAGCCUUACCCCUACGGGGUUGAGGAAGGUCCAGCCUAUGCCUACGGCUCUCCACCACCACCUGAACCCCGUGAUUGCCCCCAGGAGUGCGACUGCCCCCCCAAUUUCCCCACAGCCAUGUACUGUGACAACCGCAACCUCAAGUACCUGCCUUUUGUCCCCUCCCGCAUGAAAUAUGUCUACUUCCAGAACAACCAGAUCUCUUCCAUCCAAGAGGGCGUCUUCGACAAUGCCACUGGGCUGCUCUGGAUUGCUCUCCAUGGCAACCAGAUCACCAGUGAUAAGGUGGGCAAGAAGGUCUUCUCCAAGCUGAGGCACCUGGAGAGGCUGUACCUGGACCACAACAACCUGACCCGGAUGCCUGGCCCACUGCCUCGAUCCCUGAGAGAGCUCCAUCUUGACCACAACCAGAUCUCAAGGGUCCCCAACAAUGCGCUGGAGGGGCUGGAGAACCUCACAGCCUUGUACCUCCAACACAACGAGAUCCAGGAAGUAGGCAGUUCAAUGAGAGGCCUCCGGUCACUGAUCUUGCUGGACCUGAGUUACAAUCACCUUCGGAAGGUGCCUGAUGGACUGCCCUCGGCCCUGGAGCAGUUGUACCUAGAGCACAACAACGUCUACUCGGUCCCAGACAGCUACUUCCGGGGGUCGCCCAAGCUGCUAUAUGUGCGGCUGUCCCACAACAGUCUCACCAACAAUGGCCUGGCCUCCAACACUUUCAAUUCCAGCAGCCUCCUUGAGCUCGACCUCUCCUACAACCAGCUGCAGAAGAUCCCCCCAGUCAACACCAACCUGGAGAACCUCUACCUCCAAGGCAAUAGGAUCAAUGAGUUCUCCAUCAGCAGUUUCUGCACCGUGGUGGACGUCAUGAACUUCUCCAAGCUGCAGGUGCUGCGCCUGGAUGGGAACGAGAUCAAGCGCAGCGCCAUGCCCGCCGAUGCGCCCCUCUGCCUGCGCCUCGCCAGCCUCAUCGAGAUCUGAGCGGCCCACACACUGGGCGCAGGGUCGGAGCCCCGGGGCCCCUCUGCAUUUGGCUUGAUGGUUUGGUUUGGCUUUUGCUGGAAGGUCUGGGACAGAUCAUGUGACAGAAGUCCAUGGGCUCCCUCUAUAGUCUUCUUCCCUGUAGGCAGGUUUAGGUGGAAUCUGGGGACAGGCAGCCUUCUUCUGCUGAGGGACAUGAAACUCUCUUUUCCAGGACAGAAGUGGUGGCAGAGGGAGUAAUCUUUGAAGUCCCAAACCCAGAAAUCUCAUUGCCCUCAAGUUCCUCAUGAUGAUGUGGUGCCAUGAACCUUAAAAGUUCAUGGGCAUAACCGUACUUUAUAAACAAUCACUGACUAUGUGAGCAGCGCUUGACAGCUCUCCCACAUGCAGGGCUGGUGGUGCAGUUACUCUUGGCUCCCACUCACUGCUCCUCAGAAUAUACCUCUUGCCUAAAUGCCUCCUCCUAAGUCCACUUCAUCCCCCCCCAAUCUUGCUCUAUAGACACCUUUUCUAUGGCUUAGGCAGAGGCAGGAGACCCCUAGGCACAUCUGCAUCUGCCCAGCGCCUGUGUAGAGAAGUCAUGCUUGUGUCUGAGGUUGGAAGGACACCAAGAGUCACCUCUACCUUCCCAACCUCACUCUUCGAAAGCCACCGUAUUAGAGAUCACCAAUAUGAUGACAACAUUCCUGGCUUGUUGUGGAACCAAUCUCAGGCUUAGCUAAAUGUGUGGGACUGUGUUUUAGCAGCUGGGCAGCUCUUUGAAGGUGAAUCAGACUUCAAAAGAGGAAAGGCCAGACUCUGUUUAUCAUCAGCAUCCGUAACGGGAACAAACACACCUGGAAUUGGCUGAACUGAGAAGCAGCCCCAGUAGUUUCUUUGUUGUCCAGCACUCUCUACAUUCCCAGCAGCUCCCUACCUGGGCCUUCAUCCUCAAAGGCAGGAGGAAGGUCAUUUGUCCUCUCCUCUUAUGCAAGCAGAAAGAUCUAUAUCCUGAUGGUAGAGGCAGACUCCAACCAGCCCUGGACUUACCUGCUAGCCCAAAGGAAGAGGCUGUGGUAUUAAUGGUUUUGAUAUCUGUAUUAAUUGUUUUGUUCUAAAACCACAGUUAAUAGGACCAGCUCUGGCUGAAAAUGCUCACUGGGUCUGUGAAGCCCAGGCCAGGCAGCCAAAUUUUGCCUGUGCUGAGCAGAAAACCCUCUGCUUUCACACCUCUGAGCUAUACCCUCAUUACGGAAGAUGGCUGUUGCUUUAUAGCUUGGCAGGAGAACAAUGAAUUCUUACCAUUUCUGAAAGUAAUGUUACCUAGGAAGCCCCUAUCUUUGAGGUCCCAUUGGGAUGGAGCCAUCUGGACAGCCAGGAGCAGGGACUGCUGGAGGGAGGCUAGCCCUGGUCUGGUCCCUGCCCAGAUGCCACUGCAUCCCUGAUACAGUGUCUUCUUUGAAGUGGUUUCCCUAAAGAGGGAAGGGGGGAUCCUUGGACUGUGUUCCUAGCUCUAGACCCUGAAAUCCACAAAAGCCAAACCAGCUCAUUUCAACAAAGGAGCUCUGCUGUGAGGGGCAAGGCUGCCCCAGGGCUCUUCAGAAAGCAUCUGCAUGUGAACACCAUCAUGCCUCUAUAAAGGAUCCUUACUACAGGAAAAGCAUGAGUGGUGGCUAACCUGCCCAAUAAAGUUAUUUUAUGUUUGCA